GGAAAUUCCCUGAUGACAUUUACAGGGCACCGCCUUCUUAGUGGACUUCUAAAAUAUCGCUGUUUUUUGCAACUCUGAACUUCUUCUCCCAAAUGAUUUCGCAGCUGAAUCUAAAUGGCUUCUUCAUUUCCCACCCUUCAACGCUUCAAAAACCCCUUCCACCCCAAACCCCAUCUUUUUUCUCUCUCAAAGUUCGAUGCUUUCGCGUUUGCCAUCCUACACCUGUUCCUUCUUUUUCUCCUCUCAGUUCUGUUCCCUCGUCACGUUCCGCCACACGUGUCUCUCGCCUCAUGCGAACUCAAGUGCAGCAUGUUCUAACCGAUUACCUCCAUUUAACUCGGGGCUACAGCUUCUUAGACGCCGAGUUCAUCAGCAAAAACUCGCCACGUUUUGUUGAAUCAUUGUUGUCAAAAAUUGAUGUCAAAGAUGAUGUUGCUCGAUCGUUGAGGAAGUUCCUAAGGUAUAACCCCAUUAACGAGUUUGAACCCUUUUUUGAGAGUUUGGGGAUUAGCCUCUCUGAGUUGCAUUUGGUUCUUCCUCAUGGUAUGAUUUUUUUGGCUGAUGAUUCUGUGUUGCUUGAAAAUUUUCAUGCUUUGUGUAAUUAUGGGAUUCCAAGAAAUAGAAUGGGGAAAAUUUAUAAGGAAGCAAAAGAGGUUUUUGGGUAUGCUAGUGGGUUGUUGUCAUCGAAAUUACAAGCUUAUGAGAAUUUGGGUUUGAGUAGAUCAAGUGUUAUUAAGCUUGUUGUUUGUUGCCCUUUGCUUUUGGUUGGUGAUGUGAGUUGUGAAUUUGUUGGUUUGCUUGAUUGGUUGAAAAGAAUUGGGAUUGAAAGUGAUUGGAUGGUGAAUUACUUGUCUUGUUCUAGAACAUAUAGUUGGAAAAGAAUGCUUGAUGCCUUGGAUUUUCUUCAUAAAGUGGGAUAUUCUGAGGAACAAAUGCGUAAUUUGUUUAAGGCAAAUCCAAAUUUGUUAUUGGAAGGUUUUGGGAGGAAGGUGUACUUGUUUUUGGGUCGAUCACUUAAAUUGGGUGUUGAGAUGAAUGUGAUUUAUUCUCAUUUUGUGGAGUAUCCCUCUAUCAUGUCACAUAAGUGUGCCAAAAAUCUGUUGAAAGUGAUUGGUUUUUUGUGUGUUAUUGGAAUGGGAAACCAUGAUGUUGCGUACAUUUUGUCUAACUACAUGCAUCUCCUGAGCAUGCAUUCCUUGAAAGGUCAUAAGACUGUUUGUAAGGAGUUAAAAGUUGGAAAAGCUGAUUUGUGCCAAAUCAUUAAGGAUGAUCCAUUGAAGCUUAUUAGUUUGGCUUCAAAACAGGAACAGAAGAGCAUCGACCAGGUAUACUGUCAUGACCCACGAAAUUAUUUGGAAAAAACAACUUUCUUGCUGAGACUGGGAUAUACUGAGAACUCUGAGGAGAUGGCGAAAGCAUUAAAAAUGUUCCGAGGGAGAGGUGAUGAAUUACAAGAGAGGUUUGAUUGCCUGGUAGAAGCUGGUUUGGACUACAACAGUGUGAUCAAAAUGAUAAAACAGGCUCCUAUGAUUCUAAACCAGAGUAGGUCUGUCAUUAAAAAGAAGAUUGAUUUCUUAAGAAACGUUUUAGGUUAUCCAGUAGAAUGUCUUGUGGGAUUCCCAUCAUACUUUUGCCAUGAUUUGGAAAAAAUUAUGCGAAGAUUUUCGAUGUAUGCAUGGCUGAAAGAGAGGAAUGCAGUUAAACCUACGUUAACCUUGAGUACCAUAGUUUCAUCCAAUGAUAAACGGUUUGUAAAAUACUUUGUGAAUGUGCAUCCUCAAGGUCCAGCCGUCUGGAAAGGUCUAAAAAAGUUAUCAAAUAAAGAUAAGAACUAACAGCUCCUUAUAUUGUAUGCACUUUUAUGCUGAUAGAUGGAGCUGGGCUUGGAGGCUUGAAAAUUUCCGGAAAAAUUUUAACGCCUUAUCUGGUGGGUUUUUUCAUGGAGCUCUACCAAUAAAUGACCAAUUUUUUGACAUAUGGGGUCUUGCCACGUCUGCAUCAUGACCAAGAUGCCAUUACUCUUCUGAAACAUUCCGUUGCUUGCAGGACUGACCUUGAACAUUGGAAAUUUGGGUACAGUUGGGAUUUAACUAGAACAGCGCUGCAGGAUACUCUGGAUAACUUGACCAGUUUGGAGUGGAUAAUUUGCCUUUCUGCUGUUGGCCUUUCAAGGACAGACUACUCAGUUGGCCUCUGGCCCUCUGCAAUUUGGUUGAUUUUGAGAGCUGGAAACUUCGAAGUCUUUAACAAUGAGAAUCAUAACGAGGAGAUGGUGAUUAGAAUGUAGAAGCUUCAUUCAAAUAGCAGAAACUUGUGUAAAAGUUCUCUCUAGUGAGUCAACUCUAGACCAUGCCCAUGCUCCUUGUCUAGUUAGAUAAGUGAUGCCUCAGCUGGAAUGAAUUAAGAUAAAUGUUGAAGUUAGCUCCUUGGUGAACCUGGGCCAAUCUGGUUUCGGCAUUUUACACAUGCAUGAGUAUGGGCUAUGGCUUAUAUGCUUGGCUGGCUCAAGUGAUUAACAUGCCGUUUUCCGGCUAAGUUGGUAGCAAUCAGUGGCAAGGUCUCAAGCUGGCUUGGAUAAUGGAAUCAUAAAAAUGGAAUUGAAGUCCGAGUCUAUGGAUCCUAUUAGGCUGAUACCUGAACAAGACUAUUACUUUCACCACUUAAGAAAUAUGAUUUCACGCUUUCAGCUUUUGUGGGCUUAGAACUGGUAGCUCUCUUUCUUACAUUAUGUAUGAAGCUAAUGAUGUACUGACUCGCUGAUUUUUUUAAAAAUUAAUACUUAUUUUGGGUAUUAAUAUAAGUCCCAAUUAUACUUAUUUACCUAAUAUAAAAGUAAUUAUAUUUAGUUGAAAAGUUAAUACUUAUAGUAGGUAUUAAUACAAGUACCAAAUAUACUUAUUUAGCUAAUAUAAACAAUCUUUAACAAAAUAUACAUUUCAUAACCGGAAAGCUUUUCCAUAGUUAAUAAAAUAAAACAAACCUUUGGGAUGUUUAUAUUGAUGAUUUUUUUCAUUUAAUAAAUUAGGGUUAACAUGUAAUUUUGCACUAUAUUUAUGAAAUCAAUAUAUUAUUAUGUUUCAAAUGAUAACGAAUAUGUAAAUUAAGUUAAUACAGGAAAAUGUUUGAUUUUGUUAAAUACUGUUUUUGGUAGUGCUAGUGGUUGGACUAUUGAAAAGACUGACUGUGUGUGAAUUGAAUUGAUGAUCAUUUAAUAUGUAUAAUUUAUAAUAGGUUAGAGUGUUUUUUAUUUUAUAAAUAUAUUCUUAAUAAAAUGU